AUGGACAGACAACACAAGGAUUUGUAUGCAACAAAAACACGAGCAAAACGAGGUACUUAUUGUGUCGAUGGCGAAUUCAAUUCAAUUUGUUUUGAGCCGAAAACACCACCACCCCCUGCAGUACCACCACCGACAACUCAACCUCCGCCAGGACCGCCUGUAACCGCACCACUAUCAGGAAUAUCACCAUAUUGCUCUGAUCCAUUUUUGUGUGUGUUCUGUGGUACAUGUGGUAGUGAUAUUGAAACAACCACUGUAGUGGCUACAACAACCGCCCCAGAAACACCCACUACAAUGUCUGAAACCACAACUACCAUGGUCGAUACAACAACUGUUGUUGGAACUGCCACUACUGCAGCUGAAACUACUACGUCAGUUGUUGACACUACUACGUCAGUAACUGAAACCACUACCUCUGUUGCAGAAAUUACUUCUUCAGUGCCUGAAACGACAUCAUCUGCAGCUCAAACAACUACACCUGAGGAAGCUACUACAUCUGCAGCUGCAACCACAACAACUGCUAAAGCAUGA